AUGCACCAGGGAAAAGACGCCAUAAUCUACGAUUCAGUAGAUCAACUCGGCCAAGAAGAUCUUCGGAACCUGACCCUCCCUCUCCUGGUUGCCUUGCCUUGCCACGUCCCCUCAAUAUCUCUACCAUCGACAUCGGGCUGCGGCAGUUUACAAAAUGAUUUCCUCAGACUUAUCUCGGCCGCAGCCUCCGACAGCUUCGACUUCAGUCGCGUCAAACCACUUCUGAAAGCGGCUUUCUCUGGUAAACUCGAUGAUGCCACCAUUUGGGAUCAAGCACAUAGAGCCAUUACAGAAACCACGCCCCCCUCCCCCCCCCCCCCCUCCCCCGGAGAAGAAUAG